UCUUUGGUCUGAAUGAAGUGGAAGGUACUUUCUACAAAGCAACUCAAGCAUAUGCCAAGGAUCCAGAUAAAUAAAACUAAUUCAGAAAAAGGGAGUGGGAUGCAGGCUCUUGCUCUAAAUCACUUCACAGUUCUCCACAGUGAAAUGCAAUAUGGCAUCUUAAAUAAAAUCACCCUCUUCUGACUCUCGCAGAGGCUGCUUCAGAGCAUUCCCUGGCUUCCAGCACAGUUUUAUUUCCUCCCUUAGAGAGACAGACCAGCCUUGACUGAGCAACCGAUUUUCAUGCAUCCUUUAAAACAGCAUUCCCUGCCAUUUCUGAAGGACAGCACGCGUCGCUAGCUGCCUGUUUCUUCCCCCUUAAACAAUAUAGGUUUGGGGUUGGUUUUUUUUUUGGUGUGGUUUUUUUUUUUUUUUUUUCCCCUCCCCAUCUCAUUUCUUUCCGCCUGCAAAGUGGUUUGAGAUCCGCGCAACGCAGCCUGCCACAGGAGCGGGGACUUCUCGGGAACACUGGUGUACGCAGGGUUUAAGCCCACCGUAGAGAGCCAGCCUGGCCUUUGAAGUGUUACAAGGGGAAGGAGGAGUCACAUCGUGGGCCAAACCAGAUGGGCAAGCAAUACAAGCUGUGAAUUUAUUCUUGACCCUGUAGGACAGUGACCACCUUCAUUUUUGUCUUCACCAUAAAGUUAUGCACUGCCAAUAAGCAAAAAGGUCAAGAAAAGCACUAACUCAGUGGCUGAAUUUUUCUGAAGUGCUUUACAGUAGGGAAAGUGGAGAAACCUCUUAAAGUGCUGUCUUAUUCAAUCCUGGAGCACAGGGAAGGAGUUUUGAUGCAAAACACAGAAAAAAAAGUCUGCAACAUCUCCUGUGAUAGGAGGAAAGAAAGAAUAUUUACAAUUGCAUCUUGAAACACUCAUGAUUUGAGCUCUAUCUUACUUUAUUUGAAAGAGAAAAGCCAGUGAGGAUCUGUGAUUUCUGAAAAAUCUUCAUGCAAAAGGAUAAUCCAGAAUUCCCUGAAGAAGAACAUAGUGAAUGUUAAUCCAGAGGAGCUGUCGGAGGAUCGUGCUCACAGGGAGAUGAUUCCUCAUGAAGUCACUGGAUCCCUUGCAGAAAUCAAAUGUGACUUUCCAUUUAUCAGACUGAAAUCAGAGCCAGACAGACAGUGAAGCAAGCACAGUGGAGGGGAGACGGCGAAAGAUGAAAUCCAACCAAGAGCGGAGCAAUGAAUGCCUGCCACCUAAGAAGCGAGAAAUCCCUGCCACCAGCCUGCCUUCAGAGGUGAAGCCGGUCCUGCCAAACGAAAACCACCGUGCAGAUAACCUAGCAUGGCUCCCCACAACACCCAGUGGCCAGGGCAGCCUGGGGAGCCGGCAUCGGCCCGGGGGGACGUCAUCAGUGGAGGCAGGCUUGCCGCAGGGUUUGCACAAGUCACUGUCUGCAGGGCUGGACUAUUCCCCGCCGAGUGCGCCCAGGUCCGUUCCAGUCUCCACCACUCUUCCCACGGUGUACUCGCCCGCCCUCUCCCAGUCAGGGACCCCUGUUUCCCCCGUGCAGUACACACACCUGCAACAUACCUUCCAAUUCGUCGGGCCCCAGUACAGUGGAUCGUAUACCGGAUUCAUCCCCUCACAGCUGAUUUCCCCAACAGCCAAUUCUGCGACUGGCGCCGUGGCAGCAGCCACAGCCGUUGCAACCACUCCAUCCCAGCGGUCCCAGCUGGAGGCUUAUUCCACUUUGCUGGCCAGCAUGAGCGGCUUAAGCCAGCAGGGGCACAAAGUUGAGCCGCACCUGGUCAGGACACCUGGACUGAUUGCUGCUGGGUCUCCUCCACCCACCCAGCAGAACCAGUAUGUCCACAUUUCCAGCUCUUCCCAGAGCACUGUCAGAAAUGUCUCUCCUCCAACCAUCCCAGUCCCCCUGCACCCACAUCAGACAGUGAUCCCGCACACCCUCACCCUCGGCCCUUCCUCUCAAGUGGUGGUGCAGUACACAGACUCGGGGGGCCACUUUGUCACCAGGGAUACCCCCAAGAAACCCGAGAGCAGCCGGCUGCAGGCAAUGCAGGCCAAGGAGGUACUGAACGGCGAGAUAGAGAAGAGCCGAAGGUAUGGCAUUUCGCCUUCUGCCGACCUGGGUCUAGUCAAAGCAGGCAAUAAACCAGCUCCCCAUCAUUACGAGACCAGGCACGUGGUGGUCCACUCGAGCCCCGCUGAGUAUGGUGCGCGGGAUUCCUCAGGUGUCCGAGCCUCUGUCAUGGUGGUCCCCAACAGCAGCACGCCCACGGCAGACAUGGAGGUGCAGCAGACCACCAACCGUGAGACCUCUCCUUCAACCCUCAAUGACAAGGGAAGCUUGCACUUAGGAAAGCCAACCCACCGGUCCUAUGCCUUGUCUCCACAGCAGGCUCUGGGCCAUGAGGGGGUGAAGGCAGUGGCCACACUGUCCCCUCACACUGUCAUUCAGACCACCCACAGCGCCUCUGAGCAACUCCCUGUUGGGCUGCCAGCGACAGCUUUCUACGCCGGGACCCAGCCGCCGGUGAUUGGCUACCUGAGCGGUCAGCAGCAAGCCAUUGGGUACCCCAGCAGCCUGCCGCAGCACCUGGUGAUCCCUGGCACCCAGUCCCUGCUGAUACCGGUUGGUAGUGCGGACGUCGAGCCGUCAGGAGUCACGCCCGCGAUCGUCACGUCGUCUCCUCAGUUUGCAGCAGUGCCUCACACGUUCGUCACCACCGCCGUCCCCAAGAGCGAGAACUUCAGCGCAGAGCCCCUCACCACCCAGCCUGCCUACCAGGCCACCAUGGUGCAGGCGCAGAUCCACCUGCCUGUGGUGCAGUCCAUCGCCUCCCCUGCUGCCGCACCUCCCACGCUGCCCCCUUACUUCAUGAAGGGGUCGAUCAUUCAGCUGGCCAACGGGGAGCUGAAGAAAGUAGAGGACUUGAAAACAGAAGACUUCAUACAGAGCGCGGAAAUUAGCAACGACCUGAAAAUAGACUCCAGCACUGUGGAGAGGAUUGAAGAGAGCCAUAACCCAGGCAUUGCCGUGAUACAGUUUGCAGUUGGGGAGCAUCGAGCACAGGUCAGCGUGGAAGUCUUGGUAGAAUACCCUUUUUUUGUAUUUGGACAAGGCUGGUCAUCCUGCUGCCCUGAGAGAACCAGCCAGCUCUUUGAUUUGCCAUGCUCCAAACUCUCGGUGGGGGACGUCUGCAUAUCGCUCACGCUCAAGAACCUGAAGAAUGGCUCUAUUAAAAAGGGCCAGCCCAUGGACUCAGCUAGUAUCUUGCUGAAGCAUUCAAAGAAUGACAGUCUAGCUGGAAGUAGACACAGGUAUGCGGAGCAGGAAAACGGGAUUAAUCAGGGAAGCGCACAGAUGUUAGCUGAGAAUGGUGAACUGAAGUUUCCGGACAAAAUAGGAUUGCCUGCAGCACCUUUGCUCACCAAAACAGAACCCAGCAAGCCCCCGGCAACGAGGAAGAGGAGGUGGUCAGCCCCCGAAACACGAAAACUAGAGAAAUCAGAAGAGGAGCCACCUUUGACUCUUCCCAAGCCUUCUUUUAUUCCUCAGGAGGUUAAGAUUUGCAUUGAAGGUCGAUCCAACGUAGGAAAGUAAAAGUUGUUUGGGGAAAGGAAAUUAGGCUAUCCCUUGUCAUUUUUAUCCAGAUUACUGUACUGUAGACUAAAUAACCCAGUAUUUACAUGUUAUCAUCUUAUUUUAGGUUUAUGUUAUAACCUUGUUGUUAUAGUUGCAGCUGGUAUUAUGCAGGAGACUGGUGCAUAUGUUUUUCCACAAGUGUUUGUCAGUGACUAGGUUUAUCGAAAGCUACGGAAGGGGCAGUAUCUGCUUCACACACCCUUAGUGGAAAUGAAUGUGUUGUCAUGGCUCCUGUUUUCUAACACCUCGUGUAGGACAGGGUCCAGCUGUGAUUUUGUUUUCUUUUUGUCGCUGUUUUUUUGUGUUUGGUUUUUUUUUGUUUGUUUGUUUUGUUGUUUUGGUUCCUGUUCUAGUCUUUUUUGGGGGGGGGGUGGGAGGUGAGGAGAAGGGAACUGUAGCAGAGGUGUAUGUCACACGUGGGGUGCACGCGUGCGUGCGUGUAUGUGUGUGUGUGUGGGUGCAUGCUAACCUCGAGGCGGGACAGCCGCUCUAUGGAGAGUUGGUGAAGAGAUUUCCUCACCCCAGGUGGUGAACACAACCCAUGGGUGUUAGUGAAAAGGAUCGGACAGUCUCUGAUGUUUUCAACAACAAGCCAACUCUUACUCAAGGCUCUACUAUAUAUAUAUAUAUAUAUAUAUUUGUGUGUGUGUAUAUGUAUAUAUAUAUUUUUCCCCCCAUGGGGUCUGACUGCACUGAUUUUUAUUCCUAAAGCAACUGCCACACCACAUUUCCUUUCUGCUUGCUAGUGCAGUUCCAUUGCCCAGAGUCAGCAGACGGGGAGGCUGUACGGACUCUUGCACCGGUCGCCCUGCAAGUUUUUCCUUCAUGGCGGUGGGGGUGGUGGGUGGGUGCGUGCGUGUGUCGUGGGUGUGUGUGUGGGUGUGCACGAGGAGGCCUCUGGCUCUGUGGAUGUGCCUGGCUCAGGCUCACUUCUGUUUCUGUGCAGUGUUAGACAAAUCGACCGGGUUACGCCAUUGACAUUUGCUUCCACAAGGUAGACGCAUACUGCCCCUUUGAGAUCACAGGCAUCCAUUGUUUGCAGUUAGGUUGCAAAUCUUUGUCUUUAACUCUAGUACUGGUUUUAGUUCAUGGUUAUGGACAACUGGUGCCACUUUUUUCAAAUUGCGGUGUGACACAGGAAUCCGCUGUUGAAGAUGAACCUAGAAUGUCUUUAAGCACUUAAAAUGCUGUUCACACUUUAUUGCUGAGCAUCCUGGUCUAACACUCAGUAUGUACUGUAUAUCACUUUAAUCUGCUCGGAAAGCAACAACAACAAACAAACAAAUCUCUUCAACACUGUAACUACAUGCAACUAUGUAAAGUUUUCUCACAGGCAAGAUGCUGAAAGUUUUAAUGUGGUUUCAAAGGGAUGAAUGUGAAUUAUUGAAUUAGUAUGUGACAGUCAUUGUCCACAAAGGACUACUUAAUAGGAGGCACUUUUUAAACUUUAAUGCUUGAGAAAGAGUUAAAGGCAUAUGCGAGCUGACAUAAUAAAAAAAAAAAAUAAGAGAAAGGAAAAAGGAAAGAGGAAAAAAAAUCAUUGUCCAGUGUUUUUGAAAAAGAUGGACUUUAAAGAAUCUUGCAAUUUGCACAUCUUGAGUUUAUCAUUUGUGUGGUAUUCCUGCAGUUUUUACCUAAUAAUGUUGUGGGGAGGGGGGGUCUGAAAGAGCAUAAACAAAUGUAGCAAUUACUCACUAACCUGCCUACGCUUUAGGCCAUUUCAUAGGGUUAUGUUCCUUUCAGAGUUCAUUUUUGAUCUUUCUACCGUAUCUGCCACACAGAACCAGGUCCUACCGGGACACCUCUGAGAAUUUUUCUUCAGACUUGCUGAGAGAGUUUUCCACAAAAAACAUUUCUAUAAGUAAGCAAGGUGUUUGUUUGUUUUGAAAACAAACCUAUUGUUAUUUUAUUAUUAUUUGUUAUUUUAAUUGCAUCAUUUUCCAUUGGAAAGGCGACAUUUCAAGAGUUUGGUACAAACCAAGUAGGAGGGGGGGAUUCAUGCUGUUCAGUCUUUUCUUUCCCCAGGUAGGGCCGGAUCCUUUGAGGUGCUGUGCACCCAACCUCCUGCACGAGCCUCGGGGAGGUGCAAGUAUGAAGUACAUUGGGGCUGAGCGCUAAAGCCUGUUGCUGCCUCUAGAAAGAUCCCAUUGAUUUCACUGGGAUUGCGCUUGGGCCCUCCGUGAGCAAGCAUUUGUGUCGUCGUUUUUGGUUGGCGAGUUCGCAUCCUUCAGGUAGUUUUGAAGAAGCUGUACUCAUAGGGAGAAAAGGAAAUAAAAGUGCAGUAACCUAAACUGAAAAAAAAAAUUAUUUAAUAUCUUGUUUUCCCUCUCCCCUAAAAUACAGUGCUUUUCUUUAAGAGAAGAAAUGUUAACCCCAUACCCCAGCUUUGACUCUUGUUACUUGUUACUUGAAAUUUAGCUCACACCAGACCUAAUUGUUUUUAUACCAUAUUCUGGGGUGCACCAAAAAGUUGAAAUACUUUUAAAAUAGCUUGAAACGUUUUUUGAAUUUCCUUGAAUUUUAUUAACCUCUCGGCGGGCUACCAAAUAGCUGAGUGGGUUUCUUCUCACAAUCACACAGCUUAGUUAGUGCUUAUUUGUUAAUAUUUCUGCUCAGAGAAGUUGCUUAAUCUUCCAUAUACUCUGCUCAGGGCACUUGCAAUUUAUUGUUUCGUUUUGUUUCCUGUUUUGUUUUUAAGCUUUGGUGGUAAAGGAAGAAAAAGAAUUACAGAUUUUAGUUCACAGUUGUACCACUAUUUCUGUACUUCACGUGUACUUGGAAAAAAAGAAAUCUCAAGAAAACCAUACGCAUACACAUUUGUGUUUAAUAAGGAAGCAGGGGCUAUUAAACUGACUGGAUCUAUUCAACUAACACUAAAAAAAAAAAAUAAAUACAUUUGGAGCAAUAGGAAUGUAUUAGUUCUGUGCUUGUAUUUCAGACUGAGGAAUUCUGAAAUAACUGGUUCUUUCCAAACAAUUGUCCCUUUCCAUGCUUUGGCUUUUUAGGAUGUGCAAUACUUUACGUGCCAACUUAGACUCACCCGUGUGGUGUUAGCUAGAUCUCAUACCAACUUCUGAUUUCCCCUGGUUUUUUUCUCUUUUGAAUUCUUUUUCUAUCUUUUUUCCCCCCUAUUAAUAACUCCCUGUCCUCCCCCCUCAGAAAGACCCCUAAACAUACUAAGGGUAAAAGAUCCCUUGCCCCAAGAAACACAAACCCUUUCUGUGUUUGAUGUUUAAAAAGAUCCAGGAAGAAAAAAAAAAGUAAAAAAAAAAAGAUAUAUUCAUGUCUACAUGACAUCCAGGCAGAGAGUAGCACUAAACCAUACGGCCGAGUGCCACCCUCUGCCUGGACAACACGCAGACAAGAGCUGGCUCCCACCAGGGACAGAAAAGUCCUCCUGGGGCCCAAGUUCUUUGCAAGGCGGGGCUUUGCCUCUCCCUCCGGCACUGAGCAUCCUUUGCAACAAGUCCCCAGGCCCAGGAAGCGCCAUUGAUCCUUGGGGCAACUGCAAAAUACCACCGGCAAGCAAAGGAAUGCUGAGGGGAAGCCAAAGGAGGAAGCUCAGCCUCUGCUUCUGCGUGGCAGCCGCUUUGCAAUAGUAACUAACAGUAGUUUUCUUUUUGUCUGUUUUUUUUCUAUCUUUUUGUAGCAGGCCUGUUUAGUUUACAACAAAACGCAUACAAUCACCAAGAAAUUAGUCAGGGCAAAGAAAAAUAAAACAAGAACCUCUUUAUAGGGAUUUCUAAAAAAAUUAUCUAUCUGUCUUAUCUAUCUAUCUAAUCUAUCUAUAUAUCUAUAUAUAUAAAGUGACUGUUCCUUAUAGCGUUUAACUUAGGCAUUGUUUCAGUUUGUCUAGGCCACAUUGUGGGGAAUUUGAGUUUGAUGUCACUUACCUCGAGUCCUCUGGUCAAGACCCGAAUUGGAGUCGCUGUUGACCUGUUUUACCAUUUUGUAUGUUGCCCUCAGGCUUGCUUUCCCUCGAAGACACAGACGUUGGGAGGAGGGGAGGGACACAUGUUCCUUUUUUCAUUCCUUUAAUUCCUUUGUCCCACUGUCGCUUCGUUCAACCUGUCGUUCCUGUCAUUUUCUCGGCAUGGGGAAGUGACAUCACUACUCUUUGUUUCCCUUCAAUCAAGGAACAUUUAGAAACUUUUCACACCUUUUACUCAGGGAUGGGGCUGGCGUAUGUGUGGUACACUGAUGUGACCAGAAGCAGCACUUUUACUGCUCUGGAGUAGGGAUGUACAAUGUUACAGACAAGUUUGGAUUUCCUUCAUCUCAUGGUUUAAACUUUGUAGAUCUCACUUAGAUUGCAAUACAAAAGCAGCAGGCUCAGCAUGAACUGUAGCUGUUGGUUAUCGUGAAAAUACACUCUCUGCAGAGAUUUAUAUCACUUUACAGUGUGUUGCCAGUAGUAAAAAGGAAAUGCUGAAAUUCUCUUAAUUCUUGCAACUGCUAAAAAAAAAGGAAAAAAAAGCCUGUAUUGUCAAUAUUUUUAAACACUAAUAGUGUUAUUUCAAAGAAGGGGGCUCUUGGUGCAAUGCUCUGCGUGACCUGGGACCCAGUUCUGCAAACACUUACACAUGUGCUCGUGGGAGGUCUGGGCUGGCCAGCAAAGGCUGCUCAGGACUUGCUGUAAAGCAGAUGUAUAAAUCUUUGUGAAAUUGAAGCGUGGUUCAGUCAGGGCCAGAUCCUGACCUUAAUCAGGCAGCUGGAAAAAUCUCGGGGUUCACCAGGGCAGAAGCCGCGGGCGGGUGGAGAGGAUUUGGCCUGUUGAAACACUUCUGCUGUCCCAAAAACUCGACAAAUGGCAAAAUGGGGCAUGCACUUGUACAAACAGCUUCCAUUUCUUCCCUCCCCAUCAUCACAGGUAGCAGCAGAGUCCACUAGGGGCUCUGGCCAGUGCUGAUGUGAAAAGCAAGGGGAAUGCACCAUCGGAGUGGAGGCAGUAAUUUCCUUUCCUCUGGUUUGUCCAACCCUCCCACUCCCCCAAAUCCUGUAAUACAUAGCAAAAUGAGAAUUUAUUGAUGCAGAUAUGCAUACAUGCACACAAACCCCAGGCAGAAGUGUUUCUCUGCACACAAAUAGAGUAUGUGUGCAUUUUUUUUAUGUGUAUGCCUACAUGUUCACUUGAUUCCCUGUCCUGAGGACAGCCUUGCUUUGUGUCCAUAGGGAAAUUCCAAACACGUUGCACACCUCUACUCCAGAGUUCAAUUUCUUUUACAUAGACGACCUCGCUUCAGAUGUGUUACCUUUACUGAUAGGAUCUUUUCUUGUAGCACUAUACCUUGUGGGAAUAUUUUUUGAUGUAAACCUAAUUUGAGAAGCUUAUUAAAAAUAGAAACUUUUUUUGAAGCACUCACAUUGAGGAGUACAGGUAAUGUUUUAAAAAAUUGCACAAAAGAAAAAUGAAUGUUGGAAUGAUUCAUUCAGUGUUUGAAAAAGAGAUGGCUCUGUUUGAACAGUGAGUUUCAUACCUUGUUUGUAAAAAAAAAAAGUUUUUAAAUACAAAAGCAGAGAAAGGUUGAAAGUUACAUGUUUUUUGUAUAUAGCAAAUGUCAUGUCUAGAUGAUCUGAUUUGUAUUGGCUCUGGCCAGGAAGAAUUAUUACUUCAAAGGCUCUUAAAGAACAACUGUGUUUAAUUUUCUGUUCGUAUUACAUGGGUCCCAUUUCUGGGGAAUGGAGUCAAUGCUUCACACUGUUUAUUCCUGUGCUGAAAAUACACCUUGGAGCAGCAGUUCUUGAGUGCAGCUACCAGGCACUUCAAAGGGUGGCUACUGUGCAAAACUAGAGUCUCACUCUCCAGUUGUAUUUUGGCUUUAAGUCUCUUUCACCUGUGCCAAGGGAGCCCUUGGCAGCCCAGAGGUCAAGGCUGGUUUUGAGGGAGGCCUUGGCUGUGCCCGUAGCAGGCAUGGCCAGGCCAGCCCUUGGGUGGAGAGCUGUUGCUAGCUGAGCACGACCUGUGUAGUUUCCACCUGGAGCCUUUUGGUCCCGUUUUUUUUCCUCUUUCUGGGGAUGCUGUUCCACGUUUUUUUCAGCACUUCCUGUUCCAGAUGAAAUCCAAAGAGUAUAACCCUGAACGAGAAGUGCUUGUAACAAGGGAUCCUAGCCCAGCGCUAGCAGCAGAGUGGUACCCGAGGCGACCUGGCCUUCCAGCCCCUGUCACUGCCCCUCUCCCCCACCACUGCUGGCAGAGCCGCCGGGAGCAGUUGGUCACACAGAGCAUGUUUCCAGUGAUGGUCUUGACUGAUGGCAAGACUGAUGUUUUUCAGAAGCCAAAAGGAAAGGAUUCUGAAGCAGUUUCUGAGAAGGGGGUCCUUUUCCUGUCCAAAGAAUGAGCUGGGUAUCUGGGAGCCGGUGGCAGGGCGGAGUGGGCAAAGUUUCAGGCUGCUCUCAUCCCCCUCCCUGGAGGGAACCCAAGCUUCAGCUCCUGCAGGCACAUGGGGCAGAAAUGCUCGCCCUGUACAAGUGACUGCUGGGUGCUCAGAAACCAGCCCCAGCUGUGUUAUGGUGAAGUGCAUUCAGCCAACAGGUAGUAUUUAUACAAUAACAGUCUCUAAGGUUUCUGUAGUUUUUUUUCUUGUUGUUAGAUGAAAGGACUCAAGUCUUCCACUGAGGAUUUUAUGGAGGCUUCAUCCAAGGUUGUUAAUUUUCUGUUAGUUUCUAUUUUGAGCAAUUAAAGCUCCUGUGCCCUUUCCCUUGACCACGCAGUAGGUAUGCAUUGGAAGUGUUGUUUGCAGCGAGUGCAAGUCACUCGUUGAAGCUGUCGUUGAUGUACUGUGGGAUUGCUGAUGGGCAGAAACUUCAGGGCCCAGAUCCUCAGCCAGGGUGGAGCUGGGUUGGGACCACCAGCUUCUUUGGGCAGCACUGCUUCUGCCCCUUCCCACCUGGUGGUGAGGGGAUUCCACCCUGGUGUUUGCUUUAAAAAUCCAGGACCCAGGUACUCUCCUUUGAACACGCUCUGCAGAAUUCUUGUCCCAGUCCAUCGGGUUUGGAUCUGGGCAGCUGAGGGAAAAACGGGCCAGGGGCAGCUGUGAGUGGCUCAGUCUGUGUCUUCAGCCUGGCCACUGGGCUGGAUGCUUCGCAAAAUUACUAAUCUAUUAAGGCAUAGAUACAAUUCUUCACGACAGUCAGCUAAUGUUGAAACUCACUAAUGUAUGUAUUUGCUCCUUUUUUUUUUUUUUUAAAUAUAUUAACUUGUUGAACACUGUUCUUUUCACAGUGUUACAAAAGUGGGGGAGGGGGAAUUUCCCAACCUUUUUCAGUUCGGGUGAGCUACUGAAAAUCAUUUUGUACUAGCUAUGUCACCGCUCCCGGCAGCAGCUGGUGGUGGCACUUGGCCGUGCCGGAGUCAGGUCCAGCCGUUCUACAGCAGUAGUUUUUAAAGUAAUUUUUUUUUUUUUAAAUUGUCUGGUAUUACUAAUGAGGGUUGUUGCAAAUCACACUUCCAGUGUAGUUCCUAACGUAGGCCCAGUAAAAGGGAUAUUGCAGCUUUGUGUUGGGGAGAAAUUGAGCUGACAUGGCCAGUACAAAGGAGAAAUAGGGAGGGAAUAACGUUUUGCACCUUAUUGAAAAGAGGAGAAGAUUUUAAGUGCAUACAGACAUAGAUAAGAGCUUUUAUCGUGACAGGAGAACUUUUUUCCAUAUGCGUGCAUACUCUCUGUAAUUCCAGUGUAAAAUAUUGUACUUGCACUAGCUUUUUUAAAACAAAUAUUAAAAAAAAUGGAAGAAUUCAUAUUCUAUUUUCUAAUGGUGGUGUGUCUAUUUGUAGGAUACACUCGCGUCUGUUUAUUGAAUUUUAUGGUCCCUUUCUUUGAUGGUGCUUGCAGGUUUUCUAGGUAGAAAUUAUUUCAUUAUUAUAAUAAAACAAUGUUUGAUUCAAAAUUUGAACAAAAUUGUUUUAAAGAAAUUGUCUGUAUACCAGUACAAGUUUAUUGUUUCAGUAUACUCGUACUAAUAAAAUAACAGUGCCAAUUGCAAA